GUUAGGGACUGAGAGAAACAGAGGAAGAGGGAGAGAGAGAGGGAGGGGAAGGAAAAGAGUGAGAGAGGCAGAAAGAAGAAAAGACACAAAACUUGUGACUUGACAAAAGAGGGCAGGUACCAGAGGCAGGACGAUGAAGGCCGGCGCGGGACUCUUCUCUGCAUUGGCUCUGUUCCUCCUGAUGGGGGCAGUGUUCACCGACAGACCUCGGCCAAGGAAGCCCACCAAGCGCCCAGCCGCCACCAGGAAGCCUUCUGUCGCCCAGCCUGCUAGACCGGCAGAGCCAGAGCCCCAGGAGCCGACAGACUUCCCCCCACCCAUCAUUGGCCCACCCUCAAUGAUCUUCCCUGACUGCCCCCGAGAGUGUUUAUGCACCCCGAACUACCCCAAUGCUCUCAACUGUGAGAACCGGAACAUCCGUGUGAUCCCGGUCAUCCCACUUAGAACCCACUACUUGUACCUGCAGAACAACUACAUCAGAGAAGUGACGGCAGAGGCGUUCAUCAACGCCACUGAGAUCCGCUGGGUCAACUUGGCCAAUAACCGCAUUCAUCGAAUAGACAAAAAGGUGUUUGAGAAGAUCCCAGCUCUGCUGUACCUCCAUGCACAGCGUAACCUCCUGAAAGAGGUCCCUUCCGGACUCCCAGCAAGUCUAGAACAGCUCCGCCUUGGUAGGAAUCGUAUUUCUAAGAUUCCUGCUGGUGCCUUCAACAAGAUGGGGAACCUGACACUGCUCGACCUGUACUUCAACCAGCUGAGUGACCGUGACCUGGAAAAGAACACAUUCAAGGACCUGAAGAGCCUCAUGCAGCUCAAUCUGGCUCACAAUACCCUGAAAAAGAUGCCUGCUGGCGUACCCAAUGGCCUCAUACAACUGUUCCUGGACAAGAACCGUAUAGAUGACGUCCCAAAAGACUACUUCAAAGGCUUCACCCACCUGGCGUUUGUGAGGCUGAACUACAACCAGCUGAGUGAUAAAGGAGUUCCCAAGUAUGUGUUCAACAUAUCCACCCUACUGGACCUGCAGCUGGCCCACAACCAGCUCACUUCUGUUCCUCUCUUCAAUGGCCACCUGGAGCAGCUGCACCUCAACCACAACACCAUUGAGAGCAUCAAUGGCACCCAGAUCUGUCCGUACAGCCUGGAGGCCGACCUGAGUGAUCUCAGUCUAGUGCCCAAACUAAGGUACCUGCGUUUGGACGGAAAUCACCUGAGCCCCCCCAUUCCUCUGGAUGUCAUCAUGUGCUUCAGACACCUGCACGCUAUUGUGAUUUAGGAGAACUGUGCCUAAAGGCCUGAGGUUACGCAUGCACGCACGCACGCACACAAACCACACACAUACAGUAUACACACACACAAAUAUGCACAGUCACUGUGUGCAAACUGAAGUAAAGGCAAAGCAUGCUCAGAGAGAGACGAGGUAUAUCCAACCGUACGUACUGUGGAGCUGCGUUAUUGAAAGAGGGACAAAUAAAUGAAAAAACUGUAAAGCUUUAGUUUGACUUUCAUUGUUGCCAGAUGUUACAUUUUAUCAGUCGUUUUUUGUUUAUAGAAAUACAUUGCAAAAAAAAACUAGAAUGAGUAAAGACUGAAAAUACAGGUACAUUGACAGACAUGCUACACUUCUGGAGGGUAGUUAUGUUCACUAGCAGAUGUGACCAGAGUAGAGCUGCCACCAAGGACAACAAACAGACCUGCAGUGGAUGUCAGAAGAACCCCUUUAAAACAUAACUACCAUGUAGUUGAAACUGUCCCAAAUGUGCCUGUGAUUUUCAAGGUACUCCAUGUAAAAAUGUCAUUUUAUUCUUUUUAUUCUUAGUCUUCUGUAUAUUAUUCUUCUGUAUAAAGAAGCUUUGUACAAAUAAUGGAAAAUAAACCUUUUUUUCUUUGAUCA